AUGACGCGUCAUAAACGACGUCAUUCAUCUGAUCGUUGUACGGAUGAUGAACAUUCACGUUCAUCAUAUUAUCAUAAAUCUCGUCGACGUUCAUCAAUAAAUAAUGACACGAACAGUUCAAGUGAUAGACAAAAAAAUAGUCGAUCAAGAUCGACAUCUUCAUCAAUGUCAUCAUCAUCUUCAUCUACGACAUCAUCAUCUUCAUCUCGAUCAGAUGAUUCUACUCGACGAACCAAUUCACGACAUCGUCAUUCAAGACGAAAACAUGAUAGUGAACGACGACGACGACGAGAUCAACAUCGUCGACGAACAAGAUCACGAUCAAAACGACGGUAA